GUUCUGUUCGCGGUCUAUAAGCUUUUUCUCCUAUUUACUAUUAACGGCAAUAACCGUUCGAAAGUAACUAUCAUCGUUAGCCUUGUACCAGCCUCAAGAUUAUGUAGGUUAGUGAUCUAGAAAAGACGAAAACAAGCGGCCACUUGUGCGAAGACGCCCGUCCAAGGAUGGACAUUAAAUCGGUGUUGAUUAUUGUCGUUUUUACGGUGGUUUCGGCCAGGACGACGUUCAAAAAGUACGAGCAAGUGAACAAGGAGAAUAUCAGGAAUUGCUUCGGGAACGACAGUCGCUUUAAUAAAGUUAAAGAAACCACCGCUAUUAUAACCGACAUCAUCGACAAAAUAACCAUCAAAUUGGCCAACGACAGCAUAAUUUUCUCGUACAAAACACCCGAUGGGGUCGAAAACAGGAAAACCAAGUCGGAGUCCCCGGCUUCUAAAAUCAUCCAGUACGCCCUGAUACCCGCCUUCUUCAUGUCGGGCGUGAUGCCCUGGAUCAUGCCCAAAUUGCAAAUGGCCGUCAUGGUGGUGACGAUGGUGAACAACAUGGUGUUCAGCAGCGCCCUCUUUACGCUCGUGAGGAACUUCGUGUUCGAUAAGCGGCCCGACGAGCACGUGGUGUACGUGAAUAACGGGUACAGGAAUAAGAAAACUCCCAGUAGGCGUGUCGGGCAAUGGUGACUUGAUACUUGAGCAUUCCAAAGAAAUACGAGUUUCUCUACGAUUUUUUGAUGUAAGGAUAAUUUAUUUGUGGCAGGACGAAGGACGCGGAGUGGAUUUUUUUUGUAAAUAAGUUGAUGAAAUGAAAACUGGCCGAACUGGAAAAUUUUGUUAGAUGAUGCGGUUCCUAUAAUUUAGCCAAUUUUCAUUUUUUCGUAGGUAUUAAAAAUAAAAGUAUUAUUUACAAGUUUUGGAAUAAUUUCGGAUUGUGGAAUUUUUGUACCUGAAAUGAAUUCGAAUUUGACGAAUUUUUG